CUAGCGACGCGGCGGCGAGUUGGCUGUGCGGCGCGCUCCCCCUGUCCCGGGCGCCCAGUGCGCCCAUCCCUGGGCCCGCCGGAGCUCCUAGCGGAGCGCGCCAGCUGCGCGACCUGGGGGCGGUCUUGGUACGCUGCGCCCGUGGCGACCGGGCUCUAGUGGCCGCGUGCUAGAGGAGGCUGGAGCUGCGUUGGGAAGAUGGAAUUGGCGACCCGCUCGCAGAUCCCUAAAGAAGUGGCUGACAUCUUUAACGCCCCCAGUGAUGAUGAAGAGUUCGUUGGUUUCCGAGAUGACGUUCCCAUGGAAACCCUGUCGUCAGAGGAGAGCUGUGAUAGUUUUGACUCUCUUGAGAUGGGGAAACAGCAGGAUGUUCGUUUCCGUUCCAAAUACUUUACAGAAGAACUAAGAAGAAUUUUUAUAGAGGACACUGACUCAGAGAAUGAAGACUUCGAAGGAUUUACACAGAAUGAUCUGAACAUAAACAGUAACCCAGAAGUAAUGCUUGUGGAGUCAGAUUCAAGUGAUGACGGUGAAGCAUCAUUGGUGAGUGAGAAAGAAGAGGAAGAGGAAGAAAAGACUACACCUAGAAGAGGCAGGUCUAGGAGAAGCAGCAUUGGCCUACGAGUAGCCUUGCAGUUCCCAACCAAGAAAUUGGCAAAAACAUCAGAUAAAAAUAGUUCUUCUGAGCUGUUGUUUUCCAGCUCACAUUUACAGGAUAGUAAAAAAAAUCUGGGAAGAAACAAAAACUGUAAACAAGCGAAGGAAAUGGAAGAUUCUGCCUCCGAGUCUGAGGAUGAGAGCCAAGAGAGCUCAGAUGCUCUGCUGAAGAGGACCAUGAACAUCAGGGAGAACAAGGCCAUGCUUGCUCAGUUAUUGGCAGAAUUGAACUCAGUGCCAGAUUUCUUUCCAGUACGAACCCCAACCUCAGCUUCGAAGAAGAAAACAGUUCGUCGGGCCUUCUCAGAGGGACAGAUCACCCGACGCACAAACCCGACCCGGAGCGCACGGCCUCCAGAGAAGUUUGCUCUAGAAAACUUUACCAUCUCCGCCACCAAAUUUGCUGAAGAGUUUUAUAGUUUCAGAAGAAGAAAGACAACUAGUGGGGGGAAAUCCCAGGGGUAUAGACGACGUCACCGCAUAUCUUCUUUUCGACCAGUGGAGGAUAUUACUGAAGAGGACUUGGAAAAUGUUGCCAUAACUGUGCGAGAUAAAAUCUAUGAUAAAGUUUUGGGUAACACGUGCCAUCAGUGUCGGCAGAAGACCAUCGACACCAAGACGGUGUGUCGGAACCAGAGCUGCGGCGGAGUGCGAGGACAGUUCUGCGGGCCCUGCCUGCGGAAUCGCUACGGGGAGGACGUGAGAUCGGCAUUGCUGGACCCGGAUUGGAUGUGUCCUCCCUGCCGUGGGAUCUGUAAUUGCAGUUACUGUCGAAAGCGUGAUGGCCGCUGUGCUACGGGGAUCCUCAUUCAUCUGGCCAAGUUUUAUGGUUACAAUAAUGUUAAGGAAUAUCUAGAGAGCUUACAAAAGCAGCUGGUUGAAGACAAUUGAGAGAAAAAAGAACCAGCGAAGUAUUCCCCAACAAGAAAUGCAUACCAUUUGUGCCUAAGAUUUCUUACAGUUGUUUUUAUACAAAAUUUCUUGUAGAGUUUACUGUUUCUGAAUACUAUUUUUUUAAAAAAAAAGUUUAUAUGCUUAAAAAGAUUUCUCAGGAAAAUAGAAAAGCAGAGGAAUCUAUCUAUCUAUAUAUAUAUAUAUUCACACAAGCCCUGUGUGGUAUCUGCUGAUGAUUCAAAAGCACAAUUCAAAUGGGGCAGAGUUAAAGUUCAGGUAAAUUACAGAAAAGAUCCAUUGAAGCAGCCUUUGACCUUGUUUAACUUCGUGGUCACUCUAAGUCAUUUUUACAGGACUUGUUUCUCCUGUAGUCUGCCUCACCUUGAGUGAUCAUAGCUCAAAUGGUAAUAGUUUAUCCUCCUCUGGAUUGUUGGAAAUUUAUAUUGAAGAAUGUUCCCCUAAAUUACAAAGUGCAAUCAAUCAUGGAAUGCGAGAACUGAUCAUAAGUGGACUGUCAGGUUACAGACACUAGAGGCCUUACAGUGAGUGCCUGCUGCUUCAGGUUUUCAGAGAACCUAAGGGCUAUUUUUUUUUUUUUUUUUAAGAGAUUUUGGUGUUUAAUAAUAACUAAAUCCCCCUUCCUUCCAGUUGCAUUUUUCUGAGGUUACAUGUCUGUUUGGUGGAACCUUGGUAAAAAUGUGACAAACUGCUUUUUGCCUGUUGAGGAAUGGGGAUUCAGAGAGGUACUGGGGAAAGCUAAAAUCAGUGAUCGUAGAGACUAAACAGGUGUCUUUUUUUUUUUUUUUUUUUUGUACAAUUGCUUCUUUUUAAGGCUAGUAUUCUAAAAAUGAAUGCACAUGUAAGUUACUAAAAAGUUACAUAAGCUGGAAUGUAUUUUAUGCUUUUCAGUAGAAAAAAUUAACACACAUAGGGAAUAGUGACACAAUGAAGACUCCUAUGUUCUGGCCGAGGAAUGUUAAGUCCCAGUGCAAGGACCGUCUUAUGCUUCUAGCAACAGAGCCACGCCUGCCAACACCCAUUUGGCUGUCUUCUCUUUGCUCUUUAACCUGAAGGUCCAGACGUAGGUGGGGCCUCUUGUUUUGGUUUUAUACACAGGGCACGCAUAGGUGUGUUUGGUUUCUUGUCUGUCCACCAGUAUGGCUUUGGCAAAGAUGACAGGCAUCAGGGACUUCAACUCCUUGAGGCGAGCUUCAACAAUGGUUCCUGUCUGGGGGUCCCAUCGGGCACCUGUGGGAAAAAACACAACUGUUGCAGCAGUAUGGCAUGUUGCUAGUGAUUGUUGGAUGCAAUAAACAUUCUGGUUUUUGUCAUGUU